UAAACCGUUAGGCGCAAAGAUUCAAACACUGAGUCGGAACCUCCGUCGCCUUUCUCCCUUGUCGUGUUCCGUGCGUUUGGAUUUUAUCACAAGUUGUGUCACCUUCGAAACUCUUUCUGGAGCACACAUUAGCAAGCGCAUGACACAAUGAGUGCAGCCUCCAGUCCCGUCCCCAGGGUGCGUGUGGGAUGGCCGUCCUCUUCAUUGAAGAAUAAGGGCAUGUCCCCCGCAGCUUGCAGCACCCCUCUGCUGGCAGCUUUUCCUGGCAACGAUGACGAGAAGGAACGUCGCCAGCGCAGGAGGUCAAGAGUCGUCGAUCUACAAAGCGCUUUAGACACUUCCAUCAAUGACUCUGCGUCUCACAGCGCGGCGGGGACUCCAGCGGCCGUGCCCAAGUUAUCCAACGCCCAAAUAUCUGAGCAUUAUUCAACUUGCAUCAAGCUGUCAACAGAGAAUAAAAUUACAACCAAAAAUGCCUUUGGUCUACAUCUCAUUGAUUACAUGGCAGACAUUCUGAAGCAGGAGGCGUCUGAGGUCACAAACUUCAAGGUGGCGGCCGGAACACUUGACGCCAGUACCAAGAUCUACGCCGUGCGUGUGGAUGCUGUUCACGCUGAUGCCUACAGGGUGUUGGGUGGGCUGGGAGCAGAGACCAAACCUGAAGAAGAUGGCGAGCAUAAAGAUGCAGAGCAAGAUGAUGCUGUUGAAGUGACGGCCAAGCAGCCGAAGAAGAAGAGGCCUCCCAAGAAAACUGUGGAGCAGAAUUUGAGCAAUAUCAACAGUGCAGAAACAGAGCGGAAGUGUGAGGUGGAUCCGAUGUUUCAGCGUAUGGCCUCCUCCUUCGAUGAGAGCAGCACCGCUGGCGUUUUCCUGUCUGUUUUGUUCAGUGAAAACAGUCGAUGUGAGCUGCUGUUUCCCUCCCACAUGACCCUGCUUCAUUCCUCUCAGUCUUACUCCCCUCCACCUCCACAGAGGGUCCCUGCCUCCCCGUUCACAGGCGGACUUCAGCGUUUGCAUGAGAAGAGCACCAUCUGCCCCUCCCUGGAGGACUUUUCCUUCUCUAGCUGGAAUCCUGAACAGACGAUAAAGCAGCUUGCAGAGAGGAGGAAGGAAGGUGAACACGUCUUUGACGUCAACGCUGAUCCCGAGCCUGAGCCGGAAGAGGACGAGUACCAGGACUUUGACGCAGACUACGAGGACGGACCUGGCGAAUGCGACGAAGGACCUAAAGAGUUUAAGGAUGGUUGUGAAGCCUCUCGCUCCGGGAAAGGAAGAGAUGUGAUCCCGAUCGGAGAGGCCGACAUUACCACCAUGUGUCUACAGCUGUCCUCGCAGCCUCGGGAGUACUCUUACUUCAGCCCCAAGACCAUGGCGACCUGGGCAGGGCCUGGUUUCUGGCAGUUCAAGCCAAAGCACAAGUUGGAUCAUGUGCCUGAAAAGGAGACGCGAAAACGGAAACCCAAGAAGUCGUUUGAAAUAGACUUCAACGACGACGUCAGCUUUGAGAACUUCUUCCGAACCACACGGGCUGCGACCACCAACAGCAAGUCCGCCCUCAGCUCCAGCAACAAGAAAACCACGCUACCAUCCGACUUCCAGUUCCCUCCCGAGACGCUCUCUCAGCUCAGCCUCAAGCCCUCCAGCUCGUUGUGUCCGGAGGAACAGAAGAGGCUGUCUGGAGAGCUUGGUGAAGGAAUCGGAGACUACGACUACAACAAUCCCAACGACACUGCCAACUUCUGCCCUGGUCUUCAGGGCGGCGACAGUGAUGAGGAUGUGGAAGGGUUUACUGGCUCCGAUGACACGCCAGGAGAUGGGAUCCCUCUGCCCUCACAGGAUGAGGACGUGUCCACUUAUGGGGGGGAGGAUCUGGUGCCAGAACCACACAGAGUCAACAAGAUUGAGAUCAACUACGCAAAGACGGCCAAGAAAAUGGACAUGAAGAGGCUGAAGAACAACAUGUGGACUCUUUUAACGGAAAGUCCAGAGAAGCCCACUCAGCAGGAGGCGGAGACGCCCGAGUCAUCUGAAGUGGCGGGAGAGAAAGUCUUCAGUCAGACCACGAACGCGCUGCUUCAAAGGCUACCGAGCACCAUGGCCCAGAACCUGUCGGUGCCGCUGGCUUUCAUCGCCCUGCUUCAUCUGGCCAAUGAAAAGAAUCUGGAGCUGGUGAAAGUGGAUGACAUGUCUGACAUCAUCAUCAGACAAGGUCACUGAAGGGCUGCGUCUGCACAGGAAGAUCAAGAGUGACCUUAUCAUUCUGCCCUGAUCAUGUUUGGUCUCCAAGUGUCUGAGGCUCUUUCAUGGCGACAGAUUGUUGCCCUUCAUUAUGUGUUUUUCAGUGCUCUCCUCGAACGACGCUUCGAUGGAAAACUCACCAGUAUAUAAUGUCAAAA